CGCCGCGCCUCCGCACCGCACCCGGCACCGCGCACCGCACACCGCACCGCGCCUCGCCGCGCCGCUCCUGCGCCGCCACCGCUCCGCACCGCGCCCGCGCCGCUACGCGUGGACGGACCCCGCCGCGCCCCCGGCGCCGCGCCCCGCGCCGCGCCUCACCGCGCGUCCCCUUCUCUCUCCGCAGCCCUGACAGUGUCUCCCACGCCGGUGGUGUUUUCGACAGCUUUCAAACCUACUUUGGGGUCUUAAAACGAAACCGUACACCAUUUCACUGUGGACAUUACACCCUCUUACAGAUAUGGGAGACAUGGGAGACCCACCAAAAAAAAAACGUCUGAUUUCCCUAUGUGUUGGUUGCGGCAAUCAAAUUCACGAUCAGUAUAUUCUGAGGGUUUCUCCGGAUUUGGAAUGGCAUGCGGCGUGUUUGAAGUGUGCAGAGUGUAAUCAGUAUUUGGACGAGACCUGUACGUGCUUUGUUAGGGAUGGCAAAACCUACUGUAAAAGAGAUUAUAUCAGGUUAUACGGCAUCAAGUGCGCCAAAUGCAGCAUCGGCUUCAGCAAGAAUGACUUCGUGAUGCGCGCCCGCGCCAAGGUGUACCACAUCGAGUGUUUUCGCUGCGUGGCCUGCAGCCGCCAGCUCAUCCCCGGCGAUGAAUUCGCACUGCGGGAGGACGGCCUCUUCUGCCGGGCGGACCACGACGUGGUGGAGAGGGCCAGCCUGGGCGGCGGGGACCCUCUCAGCCCCCUGCAUCCCGCUCGGCCGCUGCAGAUGGCAGCAGAACCUAUCUCUGCCAGACAGCCAGCUCUGCGGCCCCACGUCCACAAGCAGCCCGAGAAGACAACCCGAGUCCGGACUGUCCUGAAUGAAAAACAGCUUCACACCUUGAGGACCUGCUACGCUGCCAACCCCAGACCUGACGCCCUCAUGAAAGAGCAGCUGGUAGAAAUGACUGGCCUCAGCCCAAGGGUCAUCAGGGUUUGGUUUCAAAACAAGCGAUGCAAGGACAAAAAAAGGAGCAUUAUGAUGAAGCAACUUCAGCAGCAGCAACCCAAUGACAAAACUAAUAUCCAAGGGAUGACAGGAACUCCAAUGGUGGCUGCUAGUCCGGAGAGACAUGACGGCGGUUUGCAGGCGAACCCCGUGGAGGUGCAGAGUUACCAGCCGCCCUGGAAAGUACUGAGUGACUUCGCAUUGCAGAGUGACAUAGACCAACCUGCUUUUCAGCAACUAGUUAAUUUUUCAGAAGGAGGACCUGGUUCCAAUUCUACUGGAAGUGAAGUAGCAUCAAUGUCCUCUCAGCUGCCAGAUACACCCAACAGCAUGGUAGCCAGUCCUAUUGAGGCAUGAGGAACAUUCAUUCAAAUAUCUGUUGUUGUUGUUUCUGCCCUUACCCUCAACCCUGUUGAAGAGAGUGGGAAAGUGAACGUGUUGGGACUUCGAAAUUUAGGGGGAAAGAAUACUUAACAACCCUGUAACGAACCUAGCAAGGAACUGCUCCAUGAGAUGAACGGAGUCAUAUUUGAAAAGACAAGGUAAUAUGGUAGCAACACUGUGAAGACAAUCAUGGGAUCUUACUAGAAAAAAAAAUACUUAAAAGAACCACAAACCCUGUGCUUUUCAAUUGUCAGAGAAGUAUCAAAAAGACAUUUUCCAGAUAUAAUGGAUUUGUACUCGUGGAUCUCAAAAAAAAAAAAAAAAAGGAAAUCUUUUCAUUUGACUGCACAUCUUAGGGAGAAACCAAGGUAGAGGGAGUUUCUAUCCGGUCCCUCCCAUUCCGAAUGGUGCUGUUUCUAUAUUGGGGAUAGCCUUGCCAAAAGAAGCUCCAGUAGGUUUUCCAUCAUCAGGAAAGAGACGAUUCAGCCCUGCAUUGCUGAAAGAUUCCUUGCAGGAAGGUGGAGCUGCAUUGGUUUGCAAUGUUGUUUUUAGUUGACUCUUAACAAGGGGUUUAUCCUGGGUCUCUUCUAGCAUGCCUGUAGCGGGGUUUUGAUUUUGUUUGGUUGAGAUCCACCCCCUAUUAAGUGUGAUGCGAUUAAAAAUAGGUUUUUGAAUUCCUCUUUAAAGGCGAAUUUAUAAAAACAUUGCAACAAGGUAUACCUCUAUUUUGCCACAAAGCGUCUCGGGAUUGUGUUUGAAAUGUGUCCGCCCAAGAACCUUCCCCUCCCCCAGAGAUGUGUAUAGUCAUUGGUUAUAACGACUGUUUUUCUCUCUUUCCUUUCUCUUUAUCUCUCACUCUCUAGAAAAAAAAAUAGGAAAAAAAGUAAAAAAAGAAAAUAGGACAAGUAAAAAAAAAAAAAUCACUCCUUUUGUUUGCUCUUGCAUUGCAAAAUUAUAAAGUAAUUUAUUAUUUAUUAUCGGAAAACUUGCCACUUUUCAUGUCAGUUGACUAUUUUUUUUUUGUUUGCUGAAGUAAAAAAGAAAAAAGAAAAAAAAAAAAAAAGAAAAGAAAAGGUUGUACCGUGGUCUUUGAAUUAUAUGUCUAACUCUAUGUGUUUUUGUCCUUUUUCUUUCCUUAAAUAUGAUGUGAAAUAAAAGCGCCAUAUGUAGAAUUAUUAUAUCUUCAGGACUAUUUCACUAGAUAAGCGUUUGGAAUAGAAAUAAUAAUAAUAAUAAUAAUAAUAAUAUUAACAUUAAAUAAUGAACAAAGUUCCCUCUUUUAAAUAUUUACAGGUUAGCAGCUAAAAUACCUGAAAUAAAAUAUUGCAUGCAAAGCCGGUCA